UAAAAGGAAUUGCGCUUCGAGAGGGCAUUUUGAGUGAGCUUCAAUCAAAGCAUCGGCUUAUGGUAAAAGAGCUACCAGCUGUCGCUCUGUUCAGUUGGUGAUGCUCGCUUAGACUUAAUAAUAUUCCUAUUGCUGGUGAAAAUCAGAAGAAGGAGUAGAAAGAAAAAGGCUGAAAUGUUUCCAGUGGGAUUAAUGCGUGUUGGAUAUCGAGAGUAUGACGUUGGAGUGCUAUUUUUAAUUAUCUCGAGUCAAUUCGUGAUUUCGUUUACGACCUCGUCAACGUCCUCUCCGAAAACCACAAACACUGCGGAGAUUUUAUCCAGAAAAACGACCAGAUAUGUUUCCACCAUCCGAAAAAGCCAACAAGCAAACAAUUCACAUAUAUCUGGUUUUACGACGACCUUUUUUCCGACAUCAGUGAUAGAAAAUCGGAAUUCUGUAAAUGCAAGUUUGGUCAAGAGACGUCGAUGUUCCCGCGAACGUAACGAGGACUGUCCUAAAUUUGUCGAUAGAUAUUCGUCAUUUUAUCUUAAGAUCGGAGGCUGGUUAAUGCUGGGUAUCGUUUUGGCGGGAAUCACGGCGCUCGGUGCCACGCACUUCUUGGGGAUGAGAACAAUGCACAGACCAAGGAGAAGAGAACUGUCACGCAUUUUGUGGGUUGAAGCUCGUACAAAGUCUAAACUGGCUAGAUUUGUUUGACAGAAGUAUCUGGAAAAAAAAAUAAAGAAAACUUGCGCAUGGCCAUCCGGAAAAGAAGCAGAAAUUAUAGAAAAAAACAGGUACUGGUUGUUACCAUUGUAAUUCCCUACAAGUGGAAAAUUUGAGAAAAGAACUAUCUUAUUUCAUCGUAAAUGUAGACUGACGGAAUGUUACCUCAUUCGUCUCUUGUCAAACGUAGUCGUUGGCAAGGGAGAAAGAGAGGCUGAAUGGAAUACCACGACAGGGCUUUCAAUGGGAUAAAAAGAAACUUUUGAAGUGUUUAUAUCAAUGGAUACCCUGUAAUGCAAUCUUCAAGCUGAGAAAAACUUUUUUAUUAGGCUUCUUUUCAGCAGCUGCCAAAACUGCAGUUUACCGGAAAAGACCAUGGCUAAAAUUAUUAUUUUAAAAAGGUAAAAGGUGUACAAUGGUAAAUUACAGCUUUCUCUGUUUGUUAACUGAUUGCAUGCACUGACCCUUAUUACCAAAAUAUGUCAACCUAGAUGGGUCACCAAAAUUUGGAAUCAACGCGACGUUUAAGAGCCAGAACGAUUUCUAAAAAGGUACUCGAAUGAAACCAGUUCAUGGAAAACAAAUAAAUAGAGCUGCUUCCUAUCAAAAUGUAGCCGUAGAAUGAUUAAAACUGUAAUAUUCUUAUGUUUCACAUCGCGGUGAAAGCCAACAAUUAUUGAUGAUAAAAUUUUAUGGUCUGUCA